AUGCGCUUGCGGCUCGUCUGCGGGUCGUGCAGGGCUGUGUGCGUGCAGUCCACAAUGGCGGCGCCCCGUGCGGCAGGUGCGGCGGGAGUGGGGGGAAGUGCGGCGGGGGCCUUAGAAAGUGUUUUGAGGACUCGUUUGGCUCACUUUGUAGUGACCCUACUUACUGUGCCAGAAGUCGAAGGUAGCGAGGCAGCCGUAUGCCUCAUUGCGUCGCGCGGCGAAGGCUGCACUCGACGUCAACAAGAGCUGAAUGUAUGCCAGAGCGACGCGGCGCCGAGUACAGAGCAGCGCUCGCGCACACCUAGUUGCUCACUGAUGAGCAGUUGCGCGUGGGCGGCAGACAGCAGGCAGCAGGCGGCGGAGGCAGGCGGCAAGCAUGGGAACCUCGCAGCCUUGUCUGUCGCUGCAUUGUUCAUGUACUACAUUCAUGACUCGUCCGUCGUUAUUCAUCGUCACGAUACUUACUCAUCUGAUAUUUCGACAUCCUCCUUGUUGUUUGCCUUUUGUAUACAAAAUAUAAUGUUAACA